AUGCUCGGCGGUCGCGCUCUGUCGAGAUACGCAGUUGCGGGGAAAACAGGAGGCUUUCGCCCUCUGAAUACCUUCGUGUCCGCUCGUUCGCUCUCUCACAUUGCCUCGCGGCCAAAUCUCGCGAUUGGCCGAGGAAACCGAGCACGACUUCAAGCCAAUUCACCAUGUACGCCAGCCGCUAUCUCCGGCUCCUCUUUCGCUCGCUUUAACUCGACGUCGACGAACAAUGGCCCGGCCGGCAGUGAGGAUCUCACGCAAAUACCCGCGACCGAUUCCUCCUCCCUUCUCGAAGAUGUCAUGUCGAUUUCCCAAAUUCCUGAACGUCUUGGCUACCUGAAAGACCUCGGCCUCGAUUAUGGCUGGGGUCCGUCGGCUUUCAUGGAAUGGUCGAUUGAACACAUCCAUAUUAUGAGCGGGAUACCGUGGUGGGCCAGUAUCGCGGCAGCCGCUGCUUUGGUUCGCCUGGCUCUUUUUCAGCCUGCGGUAAUGGCGAGCAGUAAUGCCGCGCUUUCAAUCCCUAUCAAAGAGAAAAUGUCGGUCCUCAGGAGUCAACGGACAAUGUUCCUAACACAGGGGAAGCAAUUAGAAGCAGCAAAGGUCAAGGAAGAGAUGCAAGAAAUUCACGAUAGCCUUGGAAUAAGCAUUUGGAAGAACUUCUUGCCAAUGCUUCAAAUCCCUCUCGGGUUCGGUUGCUUUCGUGUUGUGAGAGGCAUGACUUCCCUGCCAGUGCCUGCACUCGCGGACGAACAGGUUGCUUGGAUCACAGAUCUCACCACUUAUGAUCCUCUGUUUGUGCUUCCCAUCGCAGCUUCAGCCUUCACGUACUGGACUUUCAAGAAAGCAGCAACGAGUGGAAUGAACGACAUGAUGACAAGUUCUAUUGGUAGAGGAUUGAUGUUUGGUCUUCCAGUGUUAUCCUUGGUGUUUAUCGCAUUCCAGCCUGCUGCCCUGCAGAUGUACUUUGCGGUCUCUGGUGUUCUCGCCUUCCUACAAGCAUAUCUACUGAAUACCCCUGCCACACGCUCCAUAUUGGGGAUGGUACCUAUACCGCCUGAACCCAGCGCUUUAGAAAGGGAGCAAUCUCGUUUGAAGCUUCGAAUGAUUCAAGAACAGACGGCCACAUAUCUACAGCAGUAUCGACAGCAACAAACCGAGAUGAAGGCUGCUCCCACGAAAGAAGGCAAUAAAAGCAUGAUUGACAAGAUGGUGGACAAUGCCAAGAAGGAGGUUUCCAACAUGAAAACCGAAAUGGAUGAGAAAAUGGAAAAAAUGAAGGGGAAAACCACUGGCAUGAAUGCCGACGGCUCGCACGUUGUUAAGCCUCGCUUGACUGAUGCUCAGAAGAAAGAAGCACAAGCCUACAAGGUGCUGCGCGAUGAGGAGGACAAAACCCGCUACAUGGACAGAAUUUCCGGUAACCGGACCAGAACCAAAUCGCGGUCUUCCAAGUCAAAAAAAUCUGACCAGAAUUGA